AUGGAGGUGAAGCUGGAGGUGAUGGAAGUGAAGCUGGAGGUGAAGCAGGAGGUGAAGCAGGAGGUGAAGCAGGAGGUGAAGCAGGAGGUGAUGGAGGUGAAGCAGGAGGUGAAGCAGGAGGUGAUGGAGGUGAAGCAGGAGGUGAAGCAGGAGGUGAUGGAGGUGAAGCAGGAGGUGAAGCAGGAGGUGAUGGAGGUGAAGCAGGAGGUGAAGCAGGAGGUGAUGGAGGAGGUGAUGGAGGUGAAGCAGGAGGUGAUGGAGGUGAAGCUGGAGGUGAUGGAAGUGAAGCUGGAGGUGAAGCAGGAGGUGAAGCAGGAGGUGAAGCAGGAGGUGAAGCAGGAGGUGAUGGAGGUGAAGCAGGAGGUGAAGCAGGAGGUGAUGGAGGUGAAGCAGGAGGUGAAGCAGGAGGUGAUGGAGGUGAAGCAGGAGGUGAUGGAGGUGAAGCAGGAGGUGAAGCAGGAGGUGAAGCAGGAGGUGUGA